CUCCUCAGCUGAGAACCACUCCCACCCCCUUUUUAACCAACUCAGCUGAGAACCGUCUUUCUUUUUACUCGCACAUCAUGGCCUCAGAGACGGCCGAAAACAUCAAAGCCCUCUGGGCCCAGCGGCUAGUCCGUGAGAAGCUCGCCGCAGAAAUCAACGCCAUACAGGCGCAGCCGUACCUCGCAGAGGCAACCAGCACAUUAGUGUCUUCGCACACCAGAUCUGGAGUCGCAGGACCCUGGACCCCUGACAACCUGCCGUCCGACCCUGCUUUUGGCGGUGGAUUCCUAGGAGAGCCGGGCACGCCGUACUUGGGAGCGCCGGGGAAAGGGCGUGGAGGGUCGGGCGAGCCGGAUGAGCCCAGUGAGCCGCCACAGCGCAAGGUGUGCAUCGUGGGUGCCGGUGUCGCCGGCCUCUACAUUGCCAUGAUCCUGGACAGCUUGAAGAUUCCCAACCUCACGUACGACAUCCUCGAGGCUAACUCCCGAGUCGGAGGCCGCGUCUACACCCAUCGCUUUAGCGAAGACGCCCAUGAUUACUACGACAUCGGCGCCAUGCGGUAUCCCAAUAUCCCUACCAUGAAGCGCACCUUUGACCUGUUUGAGCGGACAAAAGUGCCCCUGAUCCCAUACUGCCUGAGUGAUAAGAGCAACCCCAGCAUGUUCAAUGAUCACCUCUUCUCCGACGUCACAGAUCCCUACCACGUCAGCGUGAGCAGCGGGGGUAAGGUUCCUGACGCUGUCGUCAAGGAUUACAAAGGCCCACUCAACGCUGCGUUUGGUCCUUACAAGAAAGCGUUGGCCGAAGACUUUCGCGAAGGGCACAAGAAACUCAUGGAGGUGGACGAUUUCAGCACUCGCGAGUUCUUGAAAAGGGGGGGCCCCGAAGGCAAGCUGACCAAGUACGAUUUCUUUUCCAUUCAGUGGAUGGAGACGCAGAACACGUCGACGAAUCUCUUUGACCAGGCCUUCUCCGAGAGCGUAAUGGAUUCAUUUGACUUCGACUACCCCCAGGGUGACGUUGAAGUCCAGUGGUCGUGCAUCAACGGGGGCACCGGCCUCCUGAUCGAUGCCAUGCAGAAGAACAUCAAGGGCACGGUGGAGACCAGCAAACGGGUCGAGGCCAUCUCCAUCAACCGCCACUCCGCCGAUAUCGACAACAUGUCGGUCAAGUGCGCCGGCGAGACAGACCCCCGCAGCGGUUACAGCACCGUCUUCAACACCACAAGUCUCACCUGUCUCGACCGCAUGGACCUGCGCAGCCUCGAGCUUCACCCCGUUCAGAAGGACGCCAUCCGCAGCCUGCACUACGACAGCUCGGUCAAGGUGGCCAUCAAAUUCUCCUACCCCUGGUGGAUCGUCGACUGCGGCAUCACCAAAGGCGGCGUCGCCUCGACCGACCGCCCCCUCCGCACCUGCGUCUACCCCUCUUACAACCUCGACGACGACCCCACCAAACCCUCGGUCCUUCUCGCCUCCUACACCUGGUCCCAGGACGCCACCCGCAUGGCCUCCCUCACCAACCACGCCUCGCCCAAGCCCAAUGAAGACGAGUUGGUCGACCUGAUCCUCCACGACCUCGCCCGGCUGCACUCUGGAGGGACGGAGCCGCCCAAGAUUACCUACGACAAGCUCAAGAAGCUUUACGUCACACACCACGCAUUCUCGUGGUCAGCCGACCCCUACACCGGGGGCGCCUUCGCCCUCUUCGCGCCGGGCCAGUACAGCAAGUUCUAUCCGUACCUCACCCGCCCCGCGGCCGACAGCAAGUUCCACAUCGUGGGCGAGGCGUCAAGCGCGCACCACGCUUGGAUCGUGGGUGCGCUGGAUAGCGCGCACGCGGCCGUGUAUCGGUUUCUGAGGAAUUUUGGCUUGUGGGAUACGAUCGAGAAGUUGGUGGAUAUAUGGGGGGUACCGGAGGAGGUGGAGGAUGGGGAGGACGGGACGACGCAUUUGCAGCUUAUGCUUGGGAGGCUGAGGGAGGGACAACACCAGAAGGUGUAGGGGCUUCAACACCCUCCUCACCACCGCCCCAACUCAACCUGACAGGGGGCGAGGCCACAACCGCAGCAGAGGACCCAAACACUGUGGUUUGAUUAGCU